UACACUUGAAAACUUUUCCACGGUGAGCCAUGGGUAACUACUUCAAAACCCCGUACCUGCUGGCAUUGCUCGUUUCGGUAUCAAUUGCAAACGCCAGUCGAAUCUUUCGAUCCUGUAAUGAUGCGCCAUCGUCGGUAUCCGGAGUCUACGAUAUUCGUCCAAUCAACGCUACGCAAUCGUUCGAAGUGUACUGCGAACAGAGCUUCGGUGGUCGCUGGCUGGUGGUGCAAAACCGUUCCGAUGGGCAGGAGAACUUCAAUCGCAGCUGGGUGGAUUACAAAAGUGGAUUCGGCGUGAUUGGGAACGAAUUCUGGCUCGGACUGGAUAAAUUGCAUCAGAUUACGACCGCUGACGAGUACGAACUGCUGGUGUGGAUGGGAGACUUCAAAGACUUCGAAGCAUAUCAAAAGUACAAACUGUUUGCGGUGGCAAAUGAAGCGGAUAAUUAUCGGCUCGAGCUGGACGGCUGGCGAGAUGGGACGGCAGGGGAGUCUCAUUACGUGUAUCGCGAUCAGCAGUUCAGUACCUUCGACAGGGAUAACGAUAAGUCAAUGAUGAAUUGCGCGGUGGAGAUGGGCAGUGGGUACUGGCACUUCGACUGUGGAACCGGAAUCAAUAGACACAAUUUGAAUGGCAUUUACAGCGAUGAAGUUUUGCGCUGCGGCAGUGGUUUUUGGUGGGGUGGAUUCGGAGCCGAAGCAAACCCUCUCAAAUGGAGCAAAAUGAUGAUUCGGACACGCGUCGAGUAUUGAUGCGGAAAAAUAAGUAAGCGAGAAAUAAACUGCAUACUGAA